AUGUUCUCUGUACGCCCUAUUCUCCUGCUUUAUGUCGGUUGUUCCCUGUCAUUCCCUCUGACCAGCAUCAACAAGCGUGAUGUCCCUGAUUUUGUGCGUCAAUAUGCACCGGUUGCGUAUCUCUGCUCCACGGAGAUCUACUUUCCCAGCGACAUUGGAGCGCAAAUUGCCCACACGCACCCAGAAGAUGCCUCGGGCGCGACCAUCACACCUCCUGCGGCAUUGACGCUGUCCAACCUCGACAGCCUGAAUGCCUUUGCCGAUUCGGGGACGAACGUCUAUUUGACUUCGAAUGAAGGCAUCCAGGCCUUGCCAUCGUGGUUCCGCGGCACUCGCCCUCAGUCGGACGGCAGCACUCCAUCGACCGUCGCCAGUGCCAUUGUCACAGUGUCCAAGCCCAACGACAUCGUCGACGCCUUUUACUUCUACUUCUACGCGUACAACCAGGGGAAUUGGGUGUUGGGCUCUCCCGCGCUCGAGUUUGGAGAUCACGUCGGCGACUGGGAGCACACGAUGGUUCGGUUCGUCAGCGGUGCGCCAACGGCCGUAUACUACUCGCAGCAUAGCGGCGGCGAGGCCUUCACAUACGCCACUACAGAGAAAGGGCCCGACGGUGUGCGUCCGGUGGUGUACGUCGCGAACGGGACGCAUGCAAACUACGCCACCGUCGGCCCUCAUGAUCAUACGAUUCCGAAUCUGAAUACAGAAGCGGGCCCGCUGACCGAUCACACGGACAAAGGCCCGUUUUGGGACCCGCUCGUGUCGGCCUAUUUGUAUAGUUAUGAUAACAGUACGGGAGUGUUCGCUGCGUAUAAUGGCGUGGAUCCGACGGCUUGGUUGGGUUUCGCUGGGCGUUGGGGCGAUAAUGAGUUGCCGGACUCGACACCAGGACAGAUCGAUGUUUUUGGAGAGAAGAAAUAUGUUGCCGGACCGACAGGGCCGAGGGAUAAGAGCCUGGGUCGGAGGGCCGUUUGUCCGGACGGAGACAGUUGUGAUGUCAAGUCGUCUUUGGCGCCAUAG